UUAUUCGUUCCAGUGCUGGUUGGUGUUUCUUCUCCAUGUCGGAGUUGGAUUGGCCCCUUGCUUCACCCUCUCCCCUUCCCCAGUGUAACUAUGAAGAAUGGAGUGCCACUCGAGUGCUGAUUCCAGCUAUCUACCUCCUAGUCUUCGUUAUCGGUACGUUUGGAAAUGCCUUCGUCCUCAGCACAUACCUGAACUGCAGUGGAGGAUGGCUUUGGAGGAAUAGGAGCAACAACAAAGCUGAACCUUCCUGCAGACCUUCCUCCUCUUCACGUUCUGUAACAGAGUCUCUGAUUGUCAGUUUGGCCCUGGCUGAUCUUGCUUUUGUCACUACUCUGCCUUUGUGGGCAGCCUAUACGGCAUUGAACUAUCAUUGGCCAUUCGGCAGGUUCCUUUGUCGAGCGAGCAGCUACCUGGUGGCACUGAACAUGUACGCCAGUGUCUUUUCUCUAGCUGGACUCAGUGUUGAGCGCUACUGUGUGAUCAAACGGCGUAGUCCCAGCAAGACCGUAGUGCCACUUAGAGCUCGGUACGUUGUAGGGUGUGUGUGGAUGGCAGCCUGCAUCCUCGCACUUCCCGCUCUGUUUCUACGAACUGUCCGAGAGGUGGAUAGACAUUCUGAUUGGUUGGAUGAUGGCGAACAUAACAAUAGUAGUGGACUGCAGUGCUUGUGUGACAUGGACUAUUCUAUUUUGGUCUCAACAGACCUCGAUCCGGCAUCACGUGAGCAAGCCGAAGUGAUGUGGUCGGCACUGCUAGGUUUGAAGUCUACUGUCCUGGGAUUCCUGCUCCCACUUAUUGUACUGCUUCUUUGCUACUGCUCGCUGGCGCAGUUCUUGUCUCGACAUUUUCGUCUCGGACCUCAUCCGGAUCGACAGCGCCAACGCAAGCUCCUGCGUGUUGUUAUUUCCCUCGUGCUAGCCUUCUUUCUCUGUUGGCUGCCGUUCCAUGCCAAUAAAACCCUGUCAGAUUUGGUCGAACUUGACAUUUUGCCCUAUUCCUGCAGCUUUGACCGCUGGCUGGUUGCCAUCCACCCUUACGCAAUAUGCCUUGCAUACAUGAACAGCUGCCUGAACCCUCUGCUCUAUGCCUGCUGUGACCCAGCCUUCCGACAGCGAUGCAAACGUGCCGUCUGGAGGAGACGCGAGGGAGAAACGGACGACGCAGAAGACAGAGAGACAGGAACAAAGAAUGAGCUGGAAGAGGAUAAAAUAGUAAGAGAUGCAGGACAUAGAUCCAAACCAGGAACAGAAUACUUUAACUGCAACAUCUAG